AUGAGUAUGUCUUCUGUAGCAGUGUUAUGGGUUGCUGCAGCUUCUCCAAACCCAGACCCAAUGAACCAUUGUGGGUUGGUUAGGGUUCUAGAAACUUCUAGACUCUUCUCUCGUUGUAGGAGGAAGCAGACAACAACCUGGGGCUCUUCUUCUUCUUCUUCUUCUUCUUCAAUGAGCUGCACAAGACGAAGAAGUGGUGUUGUGUCUUCAAGCUUAGUAGCAAGUCCUACAGGAGAGAUGACCCUCUCAUCUGAAGAGAAGGUUUACAAUGUUGUGCUGAAACAAGCUGCUCUGGUGAACAAACAGCUCAGGUCUACUUCUUAUGAGCUUGAUGUGAAGAAACCUCAAGAGAUUGUUCUCCCAGGGAGUUUGAGUUUGUUGGGUGAGGCUUAUGAUCGAUGCGGUGAAGUUUGCGCUGAAUAUGCUAAGACGUUUUAUCUCGGAACUUUGCUUAUGACACCUGAAAGGCGAAAGGCGAUUUGGGCUAUCUACGUUUGGUGUAGAAGAACUGAUGAGCUAGUAGAUGGGCCUAAUGCUUCACAUAUAACUCCAAUGGCGUUAGAUAGAUGGGAAGCAAGGCUAGAAGAUCUGUUCCGUGGCCGUCCUUUCGAUAUGCUCGAUGCAGCUCUCGCUGACACUGUUGCUAGAUACCCUGUCGACAUUCAGCCAUUUAGAGACAUGAUCGAAGGAAUGAGAAUGGACUUGAGGAAAUCGAGAUACAAGAACUUCGAUGAUCUCUACCUUUACUGCUACUAUGUCGCUGGAACCGUCGGUUUGAUGAGCGUUCCAGUUAUGGGGAUCGAUCCUAAGUCGAAAGCAACGACUGAGAGUGUUUACAACGCUGCCUUGGCCCUCGGUAUUGCCAAUCAGCUUACCAACAUACUCAGAGACGUUGGCGAAGAUGCGAGAAGAGGAAGGGUUUAUCUGCCACAGGACGAAUUGGCUCAGGCUGGUCUCUCAGAUGAAGACAUAUUCGCCGGCAAAGUCACUGAUAAAUGGAGAAACUUCAUGAAAAUGCAGCUGAAACGUGCUAGGAUGUUCUUUGACGAAGCUGAGAAAGGCGUCACCGAGCUCGACGCCGCUAGCAGAUGGCCGGUAUGGGCAUCGCUGCUAUUGUACAGGAGAAUACUGGACGAGAUUGAAGCAAAUGAUUACAACAAUUUCACAAAGAGAGCUUAUGUUGGGAAAGCCAAGAAGAUUGCAGCUUUGCCAUUGGCUUAUGCUAAAUCAGUACUAAAGACUCCAAGUUCAAGAUGA